GAGAUGGUGACCUCUGACCCCUGURCAAACGCCCCCCCAACUCCACCUGAGGAGCCUGAGCCCUCCCCCUCCGCUCGCAGGAAGCGUAGGCGCCAGAAAACUGAGCAAACUGAGAAAAAUAAGGAUGAGCCAGACUCUGACAGAAACUGUGAUUCUCCCAGAGAGGGAGAGACUGGGAGGCUCCGGAGGAGGCCGGUCCCCAGAGUGACCUUCCAGGCUGGAGAUCCCUACUACAUCAGCAGGAGGCAGAAAGAAGAAUGGCUGAGCCACUGGAAGAUGGAGGUGGGAGACGACAGGCCUCUGUCUGUGUUCAUUUAUAUAUACAACUAUACAACUUGAACAUUGUGUGUAAUGUGAAGGAAAAAGACAAAGUGUUAGGAUUUGUGAAUCUCAAAUUUGUGUUUUAUUCACAGUAGAACAUUAUAAACAUAUCAAAUGUAGAAAUGAAGAUCAUUGUGAGACAGGUGAGCAGUUCCUACAUCAGAACAAAAUGGGACAACUGACCCUGUCCCAACCUUUCUACAUUUGGUACAUUGGGCCUCAUGCAAGAACCG